CCGUCCAUCCUUUCCUUCCUUCCCCCGUCGUCUCCGAUCUCUUCCUAGGGUUUCCAGGGGGCUCAUGGAAAUUAUUUGAUCUUGCUGUGGUACCAGAAGUGGUGUAAUCUUGGAUAUCUAGGUCGAUCUGUUGCUUUCUUGAGCAUCUUGAACGUUUGUUUCUUGAAUUAUGCGAACUUCAUGGGCAGAUGCAGUUGCGACGGCCGACAGCUCGGCGGCCGCGACUAGCGCUUCCCCCAGCAACGUUGCCGCCGUCUCCGUCGCGCCCUCUCGCGGUGGUGGCCGUGCUGCCUACGUCCCUCCCCAUCUCCGCAACCGUCAGUCGUCUUCUGAGUCCCCCGCGCCGUCUCCUGCCGCGGGUCCUUCGGGUGCUGGACAGCCGCCUGCCUUCGCUGCCCCCUCUCCUGCUGGUGGAAGCCGCUGGGGCGGUGGCCCCAUCCGUGACGUCGGUCGUCCUGGUUCCGCCGGAGGUAGAGGUGGAGGCGGUGGCCGACACUCAAGAAUUGGUGGGUGGGACCGGAGGGAGCGCGAGGCUAACCCUUUUUCUAACGAUGAUGAUACGACUGAAGCCGAUUUUGAUAGUCAGGAGACUUCCGGGAUCAAUUUUGAUGCCUACGAGGACAUCCCUGUCGAGACCAGCGGUGAGAAUGUGCCCCCGCCUGUAAACACAUUCGCCGAGAUUGAUUUGGGUGAUGCACUGAAUGAGAAUAUUAGACGGUGCAAGUAUGUGAAGCCAACCCCUGUCCAGCGUCAUGCAAUCCCAAUUUCCCUUGGAGGGAGGGAUCUCAUGGCCUGUGCUCAGACUGGGUCUGGAAAGACUGCGGCUUUCUGCUUCCCGAUAAUAAGUGGGAUCAUGAGAGGGCCAUCUGGACCAAGGCAAAGGGGAUCAAGAACCGUCUAUCCUCUCGCACUGAUUUUGUCGCCUACCCGCGAGCUCUCUAUCCAAAUACAUGAGGAGGCUAGGAAAUUUGCUUAUCAGACUGGUGUCAGGGUGGUUGUUGCCUAUGGUGGAGCUCCAAUCAAUCAGCAGUUGCGGGACUUGGAAAGGGGUGUUGAGAUUCUUGUGGCAACUCCUGGCCGUCUGGUAGAUUUGCUUGAGCGAGCUCGAGUGUCAUUGCAACAUAUUAGAUAUUUGGCAUUAGAUGAGGCCGAUAGAAUGCUUGAUAUGGGCUUUGAGCCACAAAUUAGGAGAAUUGUUGAACAAAUGGACAUGCCUCCACGAGGUCAAAGGCAGACUAUGCUGUUCAGUGCCACAUUUCCAAAGGAGAUACAGAGAUUGGCUUCUGAUUUUCUUAAUAAUUACAUCUUUCUCGCUGUUGGAAGAGUUGGUUCUAGUACUGAUUUGAUUGUCCAGAGAGUGGAGUUUGUACCUGAGUCAGACAAAAGAAGCUACCUUAUGGACCUUCUUCAUGGCCAAAGAGAUACUGGCGUCCAUGGAAAGCAAGCACUCACUUUGGUCUUUGUGGAGACAAAAAGAGGAGCUGAUUCAUUGGAACACUGGCUGUGUAUGAAUGGGUUUCCUGCAACUACUAUUCAUGGGGAUAGGACUCAGCAGGAAAGAGAGCAUGCUCUGAGAUCUUUUAAGAGCGGCGCAACUCCGAUUCUAGUUGCAACUGACGUAGCAGCCCGUGGGCUGGACAUACCCCAUGUGGCACAUGUUAUAAAUUUUGAUCUCCCCAAUGAUAUCGACGACUAUGUACACCGUAUUGGAAGGACUGGCAGAGCUGGAAAGACAGGUAGAGCCACUGCUUUCUUCAACGAGAGCAAUUCAUCUUUGGCAAGGGCAUUGACAGAACUUAUGCAAGAAUCAAACCAGGAGGUGCCAGAUUGGCUUGCUCGCUUUUCCACAGCUCAUUCUUAUGGUGGCAGUGGCAGACACCGGAGAACCGGUGGAGCCCGCUUUGGUGGUCGUGACUUCAGGAGAGACUCCACCUUUAGCAGGGGUGGCGGUGGAGAUUACGGAUAUGGAGGAGGGUCCUAUGGGGCAUCCUCAGGAUACGGUGGCAGUUCAGUGGCGACAAGCGCCUGGGAUUAGUGUCCCUAUAGUUCUCCAACCAGCUUAGCUUUAGACCUCCUUUCUUUCUAGGAAGAUAUUUUUGAUAGGCUUCCACACGAUAUAGGAUUCAUGUAGUUGGUAAUUUGCUCCCGGCUAUGUUUUCUGCUCAUUCACUAUUCUCCCCUCUAAUUGGUUCCCCCACUGCAGGGCUUAUCCUC